AUGACAACAGCAGCCUUACCUAAACAACCUAGGCCGAGCAAACUCCGCAUCCUGUGCUUCGGCGACUCGCUCACAGCUGGGUACUGCUCUAUGGGUGCCAUGUUUCACCCCUACCACGAGCGUCUAGAGCAAAUGUUGGCCAUGGCGUUUCCUGAUAUAGCGUUCGAAACUGUGGAAGAUGGUGUCCCAGGGGAUACCGUUAGGUUUGGCUUCAUGGGGAGGAUGUAUCAUCACUUCCCGCAGAAAAAUGCAAAGAUACUACAGAAUCAAGCUGACACAAACGGCUACGAUUGGACCAUUGUCCUCGGAGGGACAAACGACAUUGCUAUGGGUGUGCCCCCCGAAGAGAUCUACAACACUCUGAAAGAAGUCUGGGACUAUGCCCUUGUGAAUAACUCCAAAGUCCUCGCCCUCACCGUUCCGGAAGCCGCGCUAGACCCCAGCGCCCUCCGCGAGCGCCUUGCCGCCAGACGUAACAAGCUCAACGACUUGAUCCGUUCCCAUAAAGCUGAUAACUUUCACGUCUUCGACCUCCACGCUGCCCUCCCCUAUCUUUCCAUGACGCCCUCCGACCGCCAGCGCUACUGGGACGACACUGUGCACUUUACCCCUGCCGGGUACGACCUGAUCGGCAACAAGGUCGGCAUGGCAUUAGUCAAGUUGCUUGAAGCAGAGGGCUUGGGAACGCCACCUCGGCUGCCCAAGCGCCGGCGUAUGUUCAAGGACGAUGAUCUUGAGUUUGAGGAGGAGAAUGGGGAUGAGACAGAAAUCAGUAAGGGGUAUGUGGUUGUCAGGAGGGCGGAUUUAGAUUAG